AUGUGGUUUGUCGAAGUAAGUACAAGAAAGCACUUUAAAAACCGAAAUAUCUUUUUUUUUCAGUUUUACGCUCCGUGGUGUGCUCAUUGCAAGCGGCUUCAUCCGAUUUGGGAUCAAGUAGGUCACGCCCUCGCAGACAGCAACCUUCCGAUCAGGUGAGAAGUCAUUCUGCUUAGAAAGAAUUAUACAGAAAAUUUGACAGAGUUGGAAAAGUGGACUGCACGCGAUUCACCGCAGUUUCCAACAAGUUGAACAUUCAAGGAUAUCCUACUAUUUUAUUGUAAGCAACUUUCAGAAACCGUCAGAAAGUUAUCUAAUUUCAGCUUCCGUAAUGGACACGUCAUCGACUACAGAGGCGGCAGAGAAAAGGAGGCUCUCGUGAACUUUGCGAAGAGAUGCGCGGCUCCAAUCAUCGAGACUGCCAAGGAGAAUCAGCUGGAGAAGGUGAGCAUCUCGAACUAUGAGCCUAAACACGUUUCUCUAUUGCUUUGCAGCUGAAGCUCUCCGCCCGUUCGCAGCCUUCUUUCGUCUUCUUCGGAGAAUCCUCCGGCCCGCUUUUCGAGGCUUUCAACGAGGCCGCCAACGAGAAAUUCUCCGUCGCCCGCUUCUAUUUCAUCGCUCCUCCAGAAAAGGAAGCAAACUUCCGUCAACGAGUUGCUGUUCUCAAGGAUAACAUCGAAAUCGAGUUCACCGGCGAAAUCGGCACUUUGACUGAAUGGGUCACUCGCGAGAGAUGGCCCGGAUUCGUGCAAGCCACCGCGUCAAAUCUCGCUGAAAUCGGAUCAAGCGGCAAGCUGGUUGUGUUGGCCGUCUCGAGCGAAACGCACAAAUUCAACACGACGAAUCCGAUCCGUCAAUUCCAUUCGAUGGCCGAGGAGACGUCGAAAGAACUGCGAAAACUGCCGGCUCUCUGGGAUCGCUUCCAGUUCGCGUGGCUCGACGGCGCUGAUUUGGCCACACAAAUUCAGAUGGCGACCGUCUCUGAGCCGCAUUUGUUCGUGUUCAACUACUCGAGCUACGAAUAUUAUUUGAGCGAAGACGAGCCGACUCAAAUGACCACAAAGUCUAUUAUCACUUUCUUGACUCAAACCGCAGAGGGUAUCGACAAAGGGACCGUGAUUGCGUUCGGAGGUGAGGGAGAGUCAGAGAAAUGUUCGAAAUGGAAAAAUACGAUUCAGGGCGUCAUCUGCUGACGCGAAUCAAGAGAAUGGCGUUCGAAUUGUAUUGGAACGUAGCCCAAAUGUUCGCCACUCAGCCGCUCCUCUCCUCAUGUCUCUUCGGAGUUCCCAUCGCUUUUCUCAGCAUCAUCUGCUACAGGUCUGUACAUCUUUUUUAAUUUUUAGCCUAGAAUUCUCAUUUUUCAGCAUCUGCUCCGCCGAUUUCACUGUCGAUCGGGACGAAUUCUAUGGAGACGAAGAGGAGCUGAUGGAUGAACAAGAGGACGAAACGGAGCCAGUGGAGACGGACGAGGACCACGAAAAGGCCGAUUGA